UAAUAAAUAACCACUAGACUCCAUUACGGCUAUUUAGAGAAGAAUUCAUUCAAAAUUAGAGAUAAUAUGGGCAAAAGAUAUAAAUUCGCAUUCGGUUUCUUACUAGGAACCGCUAUUACAUGUACAAAGAAACAGCAGAUCUUAGACUUCUUAAGCAAAAGUAAGAAGAACAAGCUAAUAGCAGUCUUACUCUGAAUCAUUGGGAUAAUGCUCUAUAAGCGCAUAUACUCAUAUAAGCAUGUGAUUAUAAAUUACUUGCACAAGUUGAUUGAAAAGGUGUUACCAGAGGAGUAUAGGCCAGAUUUACUCUCUAAUAAAUCUAUUGACUUCAUUGAUGAAGACAUGCAGCAAGCAAUGGAUACCUCUCAAGAGCGCUGCUCGUCCUGCCGUAAGAGAAUACUCUCUGUGAUUAAAGAAGAAUCUGAAAGAGACCAUGAGGAAUAAUUGUGAAAUUGAUUUGAGUUGGACUUUUUGUUAAAAGAAAUUUUGAAAAACUGUAAAGUUUUAAAUAUUUGAAAAAUUUAGUGGUUUAGGGAGUGAUAGAGUAUUUUUGACAAUUUAGAAUCAAAUUUUAGGGUAUGGGAUAGGUACCUGAGAUGACUUUCACUUUUGAUUCAUAAACAAAUGAUUACGUUUGCGGAUCUUUUGGGAUAUUAAUAAUAUUUCGAUUUUAAAUGAAUGUAAAAGUUUGGGAGAUGAGUUUCACCUAAAAUAAGAGAGUUAUUCAUAUUUUUAGCCAAAAGUUAAGUUAUUAGUCUAAGGAGCAUCCUUAUUAAACAUUUUCCGCUUCAAAAAUCUUCUAUCUCAUCUUGCAUCUAAAUUCUUAAGUCUUCGCCAAAAUCCAAUGUGUUCUUAGAUAAUACUAUUCCUUGAAUGUUGAAGGAAUGUAUCUACCAAAUCUCCAUUAAAACCUCCUUCUUUAAUCAUUUUCUUAAGCUUUAUCUCUUUAUCCUAGUUUCCUUUCUCUGCUAGUUCAUAUCUCUCAUCCAGACUAAAACCAAUGAGAAAUCCUCCUUUAAGAUCCAUAUUUGAAGUUUCUAAUGAAAUGGAAGUUUAAAGACAAUGCAAAAGAGAGAAAGAAUGGAGGAUACGAUAGCUUAUUAGUAUAAUCACUAUUAGUCUUUAAAUGAUAUUUUCUCGUCGGUCGGAAUCCGCCAGCUAACAAGAAGAUAGAUGCAUGAUGUUUAAUUAUCUCACAAAGUAUCUUCUUAAUUCCCAAGAUUAUUCAAACAGCAUCACCAGUGCUCUUGAUGAGUAAGAAUUGUUCUAAAUGACAAGAAGCGAUGAAUGAAAAAUUCAUAGUAAUUUCGAUGCUAAUGAGCCUCUACACCUUUCUUUCUCCUUUUAAAGUUAAUUAAGUUAAACUUUUCUUAGCAAUACUACUCAGUCUAAUCCUUAUAUUAAAAAUAUCCAACAGUCUUUUUCCAUAAUUCUUCUACAAUUCGAAAGGACAUGACUAGACUAAGGUCUAUAAGAAGGGAGAUGGCUUUUUAAUGUUCAAUAGAUUCAGAUUUUAGGCAAUGUUUUCAAACAACUAAUAUCUGAUUCUUAAAGACUUCCAGGAUCA